AUGCUUCAGCCAGUAUCACCUCUAGUACUUCGAUUUGAGGCAGUUGUCGUCGCCUUGACUGAGUAUCAUAUGCAACUCGGUGAUUAUCGAUUGAUAAAGAGGACACCUGCUGUUGGAGAGCUGUUGGCCGCCCAUUAUCCCUCGCGAUUCCGAGUGAGUUGUGAGCGUGUGUGUGUGAUUAGUGAUCCCGACUUAAGUCAUAUCGUAAGAGUUCUUUAUGUCGCCACGCUAAAACAGCGAAAAUCAUCCGUGACGUCAUCGGGAACGCGUACUCUCAACGACCUUUAG